GCACCACGUCCACGAGGUUCCGGGAGUUCCUGCUGCCAGAAGCGAGGAAAGCAGUUGUAACAAAUUUGGCAGCAUGUCGUCCAAAGACCAAGACGCCGAUGUCACGAAAAAGAUAUCAGAGAUGGGUCUCGAGGAAUCGGGGAAAAAGUUGACCCACAAGGAGAAGAAGAAACUGAAGAAGCAGCAAGAAUAUGAGAAGACGAUGGAAUUGUUGACUAAGACCGGCGGGCAGGGUCACAGCGAAUUGGAAUCAAAUUUCACCGUGUCUCAAAGAGAGACACAAAAUCGUGGAGCUCAACAACUAGAAAACGCGGUUGAUAUCAAGGUUGAGAAUUUUAGUAUUGCUGCGAAGGGAAAGGAAUUAUUUACAAAUGCUAGUUUGCUCAUUGCUCAAGGUAGACGAUAUGGGUUGGUAGGACCGAAUGGGCAUGGUAAAACUACGUUACUGCGUCACAUUGCGAAGAGAGCAUUUCCAAUACCGCCGAAUAUAGAUGUACUUUAUUGCGAGCAAGAGGUAAUUGCAGAUGAAACGCCUGCAGUUGAAGUGGUUCUUAAAGCAGAUGUGAAAUGUCAAGAGUUACUCAUGGAAUGUAAAAAGUUGGAGGAACGAGUCGAGGAAGGGGAUACUACGGUGCAAGACAGAUUACAAGAGGUAUAUUUUAUGGAAUAUAGAUACUUUUUCUGUUGCGGAGAUAUACGUAUAAUAUUGUUUCUUUACAAGGUUUAUGAAGAGUUAAAAGCACUCGGGGCUGACUCUGCCGAGCCACGUGCACGCAGGAUUCUAGCUGGUCUUGGAUUUAGUCGUGCAAUGCAAGAUCGGGCAACGAAAAAUUUUUCUGGUGGUUGGCGAAUGAGAGUUUCUUUAGCGAGAGCACUCUUCUUGGAGCCUACGUUACUUUUACUUGAUGAACCUACUAAUCACUUAGAUUUAAAUGCGGUCAUUUGGUUGGAUAACUACCUGCAGGGUUGGAAAAAGACCUUACUAGUUGUUUCACAUGACCAGAGUUUUCUUGACAAUGUUUGCACAGAGAUAAUUCACUUGGAUCAACAAAAACUAUUCUACUAUAAAGGAAAUUAUAGCAUGUUUAAAAAGAUGUAUGUUCAGAAGAGAAAGGAAAUGAUUAAAGCAUAUGAAAAGCAAGAGAAGCGGUUGAAGGAUUUAAAGGCAUCGGGCCAAAGUAAGAAACAAGCGGAAAAGAAGCAGAAGGAAGCUCUUACAAGAAAGCAAGAAAAGAACAAAACAAAAAUACAAAAGCAAGAAGAUGAUACAGGACCACAGGAAUUAUUACAAAAACCGAGAGAAUAUAUUGUCAAAUUUAGCUUUCCGGAUCCACCACCUCUGCAGCCUCCAAUUCUAGGACUGCACAACGUGACUUUUGCAUAUGAAGGGCAGAAGCCACUAUUUAUUGAAGCUGACUUUGGUAUAGAUUUAAGUUCUCGAGUGGCAAUAGUAGGUCCUAAUGGUGUUGGUAAAUCAACAUUUUUAAAACUCUUAUGUGGAGAUUUGGAACCUCGGGAAGGGGAACUAAUAAGAAAUCAUCGAUUGAGGAUAGGCAGGUUCGAUCAGCACUCUGGGGAACAUUUAACCGCUGAAGAAUCGCCAUCGGAGUAUCUCAUGCGAUUGUUUGACCUUCCUUAUGAAAAGGCUAGAAAACAACUUGGAACAUUUGGUCUUAGUUCCCAUGCUCAUACUAUAAAAAUGAAAGAUUUGUCUGGAGGACAGAAAGCACGAGUUGCCUUGGCUGAACUGUGUCUUAAUGCGCCUGAUGUUGUAAUUUUGGAUGAACCGACUAAUAAUCUUGAUAUUGAAUCAAUUGAUGCUUUAGCAGAUGCAAUUAAUGAAUAUAAAGGUGGUGUUAUUAUUGUCUCUCACGACGAACGACUUAUCAGAGACACCGAAUGUUGCCUUUAUGUAAUCGAAGAUCAACAAAUUAAUGAAAUUGAUGGUAACUUCGAUGACUACAGGAAGGAACUUCUCGAAAGCUUAGGAGAAGUCAUUAAUAGCCCAAGUAUAGCUGCCAAUGCUGCAGUUCUUCAAUGACCUAUAGCAUCACCUCUUAAUUAGCACAGAAUUCUUCAACAAUUUCCAAUGAUAAAUUAACUAUUGAUCUGUUCAGUACCAGGACCUCAAAAUUUUUCCAUAAUUUAAUCAUGUGAAAGCGUAAGACAUAUACCGUGUACUGCAAUCUAUUGUCUUACACGAAUCUUAAGAACAUUUUCAGUAGACGACGCAUUGCAUAUCUUUAUUAUUUUAAGCUAUCAGAAAUAAUAUAAAGUGGAUCAGUGUUUUAAUGUAAAUUAUAUUUUACUUUAAUGUACAGACUGCUGGGAAUAGGAUCGCGUAUCGACUAUUAAAUAAUUCCUUUACUUUGCCUUCCUACAUUCAAAAUAUGUCCAUUAUUGUAAAUGAAAUUCAUGUUGGAGAUAUUGACAGGAAAUACAGAAAUCAUCCAU